GUGAGCGUUAGAGGCCGAUGCAGUGGAAGUUCUAUUUGGGGGUUAAUUUAUAGACCUCUACACCACGCUCUCCAGAGAGCCGAAGAAGAGCUGAAGACGGAGUGAAAGAGAGAAGCUUUGGAAAUGGAGAAGUACUUUGGCAAUGCAUAUAGAGGGGACCCAGGAGUGCCGCAUUCUGGUCCGGAUCGGUUCGUCAAUAUAUGGAUCGGGUCGGUUGCUUUCUCCGUUAUCACUUGGUUCAACCCUUACAUAUGGCAGCUCGCUAACCAAUUCAAAUAUCUGUGUAAGCCCCUUCAGCUAUGUGUUCUGCUACUUAUUUUAUGCAUAGGUGCCUGCUUCUGUCCAGAUUUUUCUUUUUUUUUAAUAGUUUGGAAUAUGUCAAAUGACAAAGCAAUGAUAUUUGAACACUACCAUUGGAAGAAAGCAAAGGCAAAGAAACAACGAUACAAAAUUAAGUGGAAUGAAUACAUGGACAAGGAUCACAGGGACUCGUAUUAUUUCAACUGGCCUGUCUACUUCCCUUAGUUGUUCUUUUGUGUAGGCAUGCUCUUUGAUAAGUAGUUUGGACAAAGAGGAUUGUUCCCGCUGAAAAGUUUGUGAACCAUUAUUGCUUCAUCCUUUCUUUCCGACUGAUUAUGCUGUCUGGUGGAUACGAAGUCUUUCUCUUUUAUCAAUCUUUCUCUAUAAGUUUCUUGUUAUGCUGUUGUGUGAAGCCUAUCUUUCUCAAAUCUGCAAAUUCGAUAAUGCGGAAUUUUUUUUUAUAUGGAAGAGGGUGAAUGAUUAGUGAUUUUGUUGUUUAAACUAUCAAUAAGAACUGGGAACAUGGGAGGGAGAUUUUGUUGAAUGCUAGGUUUAGAAAGUUUAGGUAUCAUACAUACAUAUGAGUACAGUCUUAAUAAUACUUUUGAGUCCCAAAAAGUCUUAGCUAUUUAGUCUAAUUCUAAUUACUUGGAUAUGAAUCACACAAACUUGAAUUUGAAAACAAAAAAAUGGAGAUAAAUUGCCUUGAGUGUUGUAAAAUAUGCAAGUGAAUUAUGAUGAUUCAAUGAAAUAUAAAUACAAAUAUAAGCAGGAAAGGGAAAAUUUUCCAUCUUCUGUUGUUGAUAAUAACUUUUUGUUGCACUUAAUUUAACCUCAUUAAAACUUGAAAUGGAAAAAGAUUAGAUCACAUUCGAAUCAAUUUUGAUUUUGGGGUACUUCGAGUUGACUUUCAACUCUCAAGUAAUUGAGAUUUUUUAAGUGGAUUUAAGUUGAGUUGCGUUUCAGACAUAUCAGUCGGAUCGUAUCAGUGUUGUUAGCUUAUAGCCUUUGCCACCUGUGUUGGUACAUGUUCCUGAAGUAAUCCAAUCAGAAACCAUUCCAAGAUUCUUUUUUUUCGAGUUACUAGCAUACCCUCAAAACCAUCUACACCCGUUUACACUACUACUUAUAUGGUUGAAACAAACAUUGCGCGCUUUAACUCUUUUAAACUUGCAAUCACCGAGUGCUAACUCCAAUGUAACGUUUAAGGACUGAUCAAAGAACUACCAUAAGACAUAAGAAUCUGUGACGCAAACUACACGAUGAGACUCUUGGUAGGCAAUGCAAGGUAUACGUAUAGCAUUUCGUACCUAAAAGAUGGCAGAUAAAAUGAAGGAGAAGUUCAUUAGGGGACCAUAGAGUGUAGUGCUUUUUACAUGUGAUGUUUUUGACAUUGAUAGCUCAGUUGCACCCCCCAUUUUAGUUGAAUGAAAUGUGCCUUUGACAUUCCACUUUCAGAACCUGCAAACACAAUCUACUUAAAAGAUUUACACUUCAACCCAAGUUAACUCUCAAAACCUGACCCUAAUUCCUAUCAUAAGCACACAACUUAAAUCCCUAAUUUUUCCUAGCCCACCUCAUAACUGUGUAUCACAUCAUGACAUUUGCAUUAAACUCCACAAUAUAGACUCAUGUUAAAAUUAUGGCCUUAUGCUGGAUAAAACAUACAAUAUUAGCAACAUUGCUAACAACAUGGUUGCAAAAUAUAUGAAAGAGCGAAAUGAAACAACUAUUGCACCAUGGCUUGAUGCAUGCGGAUGCAUAAUUCUAUCAUGAAGCUUCUAUCACAAUCAUCAGAAGUUGGCCAUCCCUAAGCACCUCAUGAAAUUGGAAAAAAAAUGCUCAAAUUGAGGAAACCACAUUUAACAUGUCUGGGGCAGAAUAAAUCAUCACAACAGACAACAGAGAUAAGGAAAUUUAGUACGAUGGUUACAUCCAUUUCAUGGCAGACACAGUUCACAGAUAAUCACAUGAAUGAACAGAACAACUAAAUGCAGGAAAGAAACAAGCACUAUAGUAAUCUCAUUUUCACGGCUAACAUAGUACACAACAUACAACAUGCUAGGAGAACAAAGAACAUGCUUCAACCAGCACAAGUAAAGAAAUGAUUGACUACUUUUUUGGGACAAGUGUAUAUGGCAAAAAUGGAAAAGAUAAGCCAUCACAAAUAUACAUUCCUUUCAAAGCAAGUCAAGGCAAACUAGCUUUAAGGCUGGACAAAGAAAUCCAGGUAUAUAUGAAGAAACUAUCAAAAUAUGAAUUAGCAUCUUGUGCAAAA